AUGGACUCGGACGACGAGGAGGCGUUCGCUGCACUGCUGGAGGAGGAAGUCGAUGCCGACGCCCAGGACGAAGAGCGCCUCAUGGUCCUCGCCGCUCUAGCUGGCCUGUUUGCGAGCAAUGCAAAGCCGCGGCGAGGUGACUCGGUGCCGGGCCGGCAGAAGGCAAAGCAGAGGCAUCGACUAGAGGGUUAUUGCUUGCUCUACACUGAUAACUUCCCCGACGCUCCACUGCAUGGCGAGAAAUUCAUCACCGCACCCAUUAUUCGGUUUCCCUCAAGAUUCCUACCGAAGAAAAAGAAACCAUCAAUCAAUAAUGAGAGAGAGAGAGAGUGGGAGAGAUGCCAACAAUCAUGCAAGCCGCUACUGCACAAUGCAUCGGCGCUGUCCCACGCAACGCCACCGCACAGCUCAGUUCUGGCCCUCCUUUAUAAGCCCCGCCGCGCCUCUCCAUCGCUCCCCCACCCACACACAGCUCACAGCGCAGGCAGAGGAAGCGAGAAGCGAGCCACCAAGAAACCACCCAAAGGUUUGCACAAUGGCCGCUUCUCAGCUCACCAUCCUCUCCGUCCUCGCGCUCCUGGCCGUGGCCGCGACCGCUCAGGCGCCCGGAGCGGCCCCCGCGGCAGCGCCCCAGGCCCCGCCUCCCCCGCCGGCGACCCCGCCCCCGGCAAUGGCGCCCCCUACCCCGGCGCCUGUGUCCCCGCCCCCUACCGCGGCCCCUGCGCCCGCGCCCCCACCGUCGCCCCCACGCCCUCCGCCACCGCGCCGGCGCCCGCCGACUCCCCGAUGUCCUCCCCUCCGGCGCCCACCCCGGACAUGUCGCCCUCGCCCACCGCCGAGCCCGCCACCCCGGGCAGCGGCGCCGCUGGUCUCAGCCCCGCCUUCGUGUUGGCCGCCGCCGCGGUCGCCAUCUACGCCUUCUAGAUGACCCGAUGAUGUAUCAUUUCAUUGUUUCUUUGCAGCUUUUGUUCCAUUUCUCCCCCUCUUUGCCCCCUUCCGUCCGCACAUUGGUGUACCCUCAUCUUCUGCUGUAAUUACGAGCAUUGAUUUAAUUUAUGCAUUUCACCAUUAUUCUUGUA